UUCUCUCUCAUCUCUUCUCUGUGUAUCUAUCUAUUUGCCUUUCCUCUCUCUCUCUAUAUUUGUGGCACUUUCUCUCUCUCCUUCUCUCUCUAUGGCUGACGGUGUCAUAUAAUUUGGGCGACAACUUCAUCGUCAGACUCGGCCACCGAUGAUCUUCGAUGCGUAUUCUGAUUUCAUCGGUGAAUGACUUUUUGAGGUUAUAACAUCAGCUAGUUAUUUUCGCAAAUGGCUUCAGUGGGUAUAGCACCUAAUUCUGGCUUAAGGGAGGCGGGCAGCCAUGCUGUUGGGGUUGAUAGGUUGCCUGAAGAAAUGAAUGACAUGAAAAUCCGGGAUGACAAGGAAAUGGAAGCAACAGUUGUGGAUGGUAAUGGGACUGAGACAGGCCACAUAAUUGUGACAACUAUUGGCGGUCGAAAUGGCCAGCCAAAGCAGACGAUUAGCUACAUGGCUGAACGCAUUGUUGGCCAAGGAUCAUUUGGAGUAGUGUUCCAGGCAAAAUGUUUAGAGACUGGUGAAACAGUUGCGAUAAAGAAAGUUCUUCAGGACAAGAGGUACAAAAACCGAGAGUUACAAACCAUGCGCCUUCUUGACCACCCAAAUGUUGUUUCUUUGAAGCAUUGCUUCUUCUCAACAACUGAGAAGGACGAACUGUAUCUAAAUUUGGUACUCGAGUAUGUCCCUGAAACUGUUCAUCGUGUGAUCAAACACUAUAAUAAGUUGAACCAGAGAAUGCCGCUGAUUUAUGUGAAGCUGUAUACUUACCAGAUUUUCAGAGCGUUGGCUUAUAUCCAUGGUGGUAUUCGUGUAUGUCACAGGGACAUAAAGCCUCAGAAUUUGUUGGUGAAUCCACACACUCACCAGGUUAAAUUGUGUGAUUUUGGAAGUGCCAAAGUCUUGGUCAAAGGGGAGCCCAAUAUCUCUUAUAUCUGCUCUAGGUAUUAUAGAGCACCUGAACUUAUUUUUGGAGCAACAGAAUAUACUACUGCUAUCGACAUUUGGUCUGCUGGGUGUGUGCUUGCCGAGCUACUUCUUGGACAGCCUCUAUUUCCUGGUGAGAGUGGAGUUGACCAGCUUGUUGAGAUCAUCAAGGUUUUGGGUACCCCAACAAGGGAGGAAAUAAAAUGCAUGAAUCCUAAUUAUACGGAGUUCAAGUUCCCACAAAUUAAGGCCCAUCCAUGGCAUAAGAUAUUCCAUAAGCGCAUGCCUCCUGAAGCUGUUGAUCUUGUUUCAAGACUGCUGCAGUACUCUCCUAAUCUACGUUGCUCAGCUUUGGACGCUUUGGUGCAUCCCUUCUUCGAUGAGCUGCGUGAUCCAAAUACUCGUCUGCCAAAUGGUCGCUUCCUUCCUCCACUAUUCAACUUCAAGCCACACGAGUUAAAAGGUGUCCCAGCAGAGACCUUGGUGAAGUUGAUCCCUGAGCAUGCUAGGAAGCAGUGCCCAGUACUCGGGUUAUGAUUCCUCCAAGUACUAAACAAACGAUCUGCUAUGAUUCAUCAUGCCCGUCUGUUCACCCUCGUUCAUCUUACAUGGUGUAUGCUUUGUAUUAGUAUUGUCUUGUAAAAGCAGUUCUAGGGAUGUACCAUUAACUAAUCGCCUAAACCUCAACGUGAACUAUGGUUUGAACUGUUCUCUUUCUGUCCUAUAGAGUGUAACCUCAUGGUGAUAAUGGUGACUGUUUAUCUGAACGAACUUCUUGUUGGGAUUUAUACUCCGUCUUAUAAAGGCUGUGUAUUUCUGUUUUCUUGGA